AUGGACUUGGUGGAAGACGAGCGGAGAACGCAAGUAUUUUCCGAAAGGAUCAAUGAGUUAAUCACCCGAUCUUUACCCCUGGAAAUUACUGGAUUCGCCACGUCAAUAUGGGACGAGUCCCUUUAUAGAGCUUGGUCAUCCAUAGUUCAUUCCCUGGUUCCAAAUGUGAGAUUGCUCGAGUCUCACCUCCAGAAUUUCGCAACUAUUUGUGAAGCUGAUGAGGUUGUGCUGUUUGAACGAACCACGUUUUUGGUUAUCUCUCACUCCACGCGGAUAGAAAAUCGCGAUGCUCACAGGUUUGAGAAGAUCA